AUGAAAACUUCGUAACAGCAAAAAUGAAUGUCAAAUAUCUUAUUGCAAUUAUUGCUUUAGAUUUGUUGGCCUCAAAUGGCAUUAAAUGUACUGACCAUCACCUCCAGGGUCAUGUCCAUCACAGCCAAAUUCAAUCAAUGGUUGGACCGUAUAUAAGGACGCAUAACUUUCCCGUUUCGACCACAUUUCAUACCUCUAUUAUUCCCAACUCUGUGUUUGUAAGCAAUGAGAGGAAUCAACCAUUUGUUGGUUCUUUUGAGACACCGGUCGUAUCGACCAGAGUUGGUAUUCCGCAGACUAUUCCUCAAUAUUUGCUAACUUUAAGUCAUAGUCCUAGCGUUCAAACCGUUCAAACAAUUCCUAAGAAUUUGCUGUCAAUGACUAAUUCACAGUCAAUUGUACAGUCAUUACAACCCGUAUCACAAACUUUGAUCAACAGAACACCUCUUUUAUCACCCGCACAGUCAUUACUGACGCACGGAUCUCAUAAUUUUGUGCCUAUAGUUCAAAAGGUUGAACCAUUUGUUGAAGACAUAGACACACAGACUGUUGAAAGAGAUGAACCUGUAGUUCAAAAAGUGGAACUUGUAGUCCAAAAGUCAGAGCCAUUGCAAGCCGUUUCUCAAUUACCACAUAUAAUAUCAAAUCCGGGAACAAAUGCAGUUAAUAGUGAAUCAGUAAAUUCAUUACCACAUAGUUGGACACAACAGGCCGUUGUCAGCACUCCGUUUUUAACUCCAAAUAAACCAUUGAAUUUCGUACCGCAUUUGCCUGAAGUUCACAACACUGAACAUAAGAUACUUAAAUCCGAAGAAAUACUUCAAACACCGGAUCAAUUAAACACAUCCGAGCAGUUGAAACAAACCUUACCACUAACCACAUCUGUUAAUCAAAUUGCAACCCAGACUUUGCCGCAACAAACAAGUACUCAAACUUUUCAAUUUCAAACUGUACCACAAAUAUCCACUACUUAUGAGUUAACUCAGACAACGGGUACACAGACUGUUCCGGUGGUCACUAUAUCACAGCCGACUACUAUACAGAAUGUACCCGAAGUAACAAUACCUGAGUCAACAACUGUUGAGUUAACCAAUGGCACCACUCAAGCCUUACAUCAAUUUCCAGUACAAUUAACUCAAUCAACAGUGCCUUUAGUGGCUAAUCCUUAA